GUUUAGCACUCCCCAUGAUUAUAAUAAUUAUAAUUUGAAUAUGAACAUGAGAUGGGGAAGUUGGUAGCCAGAGAGAGAGGUGAGGGUAUCGGACACUGUGAUAUCAACAUUAGACAACAAACAUGGCGGCUGUGGCUGUUGAACGUCCUCCUAUUGAUGAGAAAAUUCGAACACUGAAACUCUCUGGUCAUGUAGGAUUUGAUUCUCUCCCUGAUCAACUGGUAGCCAAAUCAACUCAGAAUGGGUUCACCUUCAACAUUCUUUGUAUUGGCGAAACAGGUAUGGGUAAGUCCACGCUGAUGGAUACACUGUUCAACACCAGUUUUGAAUCCAACCCUGCACCACACACGCUCCCGGCUGUCAAACUUAAGUCUCACACAUAUGAACUCCAGGAGUCUAAUGUUAGGUUAAAGCUGACAAUUGUUGACACUGUGGGUUAUGGAGACCAGAUCAACAAAGGUGACAGCUUUACUGCUAUUGUUGAUUACAUUGACAAGCAAUUUGAUGACUACCUGCAGGAAGAACUAAAGAUAAAGCGUAGCCUCUCUGCUUACCAUGAUUCUAGAAUUCACGCCUGCUUGUACUUCAUUUGUCCCACAGGUCAUGGACUGAAGAGUAUUGAUUUGGUUUGCAUGAAGAAGCUGGACUCAAAAGUGAAUGUCAUCCCUGUUAUUGCCAAAGCUGAUACUAUCUCCAAGUCUGAACUGACAAAAUUCAAGCAGCGCAUCAUUCAGGAGAUUAAGGCCAACGGAAUUCAGAUUUACCAGUUUCCUACCGAUGAUGACACAAUGGCGAAGGUUAACACCGAGAUGAACAACCAGAUCCCAUUUGCUGUUGUUGGCAGCACUGACUUUGUACGAGUUGGUAACAAGAUGUUAAGAGCUCGCCAGUAUCCUUGGGGUACUGUGCAAGUUGAAAAUGAAAGCCACUGUGACUUCACCAAGCUAAGAGAAAUGUUGAUUCGCACUAACAUGGAGGAUAUGCGAGAAGUAACUCAUCAGCGUCAUUAUGAGUUGUACCGGAAGAAGAUCCUUGAAACUAUGGGUUUCUCUGAUGUUGGCCAGGAUAACCAACCAGUGAGCUUCCAACAGACAUUUGAGCAAAAACGUGUAGAGCAUCGUGAAGAGCUACAGCGCAAGGAAGAUGAGAUGAGGCAGACAUUUGUCUUGCGAGUGAAGGAGAAGGAAACAGAACUUAAGGAAGUGGAAAAGGAGCUAUACACAAAAUAUGACACACUGAAGCGAGAACAUGCAGAAGAGAAAAAACGUUAUGAAGAUCUCAAGAAACGCCUUGAUGAAGAAAAAGCAGAGUUUCAGAAGCGUAAACACCAAGUAGCCACUCAGCAACUCACCUCCCAUACCCUCACUCUCGGCAAAACUAAGAAAAAGUAAAAAGGAAUACUUAAGUAUAUUUUUGAAAUAUUGUACUUUGACUUACCAUAUAUAUACAAAAUCUUAAAAGGUAGGGAAAGAUUACUGCCUGUAUGAAGAGUCUCACUAUUGAAAGAAAAUGUUCAUAAUUCUCUGUUUCAUAGAAAAAUAAUGAUUGUCUUUGGAAAAAAUAUUAGGGUUAUUUCAAUCUUAUAAUUCAAAUGUAAUUAAUAUGGGAGACGGCCGACUUGUUGAAAAAAAAAAAAAGUUUUGAUUUAUUUGUAACAGCACAAAGAAUUAAGGCAUGGAUUAUGAGACAAUAUAGAGAUGUCAACUAGAAUGAUCAGUAGACUUUUGUCCAUUGGUCUUUUCUUCACUGCUAAUGAUUUUCUGAAUCCCAUUCUGUAUUUAUAAAAUCAUGUGUUCUGUGUUAGUCAUGGUGUGUUGUAUCAGUAAUUAAUAAGAUCCUUUAAUUUCUGAACCCUUGUUGUAGACAGCAAUUUCAGUAUUACAUAUUAUAUAGCUAAUUGUCUUGUAUUUUACGUUACUGGAGUUCUAGUGUUAAGAAAUCCUACAAAAAAAUUAUGAAAUGUUAAGUAGUAGUGCUUCCAUUAAGACAAUUUGAAAUCUUAAUAUCUAAAUAUACCACUGAAGUGUACCUGUGUGUAAUUGUUCAUGUCAUUUUAAACAAAAUUAAGUAUAAUUUGAAUUUUUUAAGCAUUUCUAGAUACUCAGGAGUUUUAUCUUACUUGUUUUCAAGUUGCAGCUUUUGAAAAAAAUUAAGUAAUGAGUGUACAGUACUUACAUGCUUUAUACAUGUACUAUUUAGAACACACUGUUAUUUAAUAGACUCUUAAUCCAUUGUGUGUUCUAUAAAACUGCUUGGUAAUAAAUUUAGUUUCAUAACUUGUUGCCAAGGAGUGUUAUGCUAUUUUUAUCAUGGAAAUGUUACAGUGUAAAUGCAAUUUUAGUGAAAACAAUUGGGUCAGACUCCAAUAUUAUGAUUUUGUUACACAGAUAUGAAUUAUUUCCUAGAGUCUUACAAAUGCUCAUUUUUGUCAGCUUGGUCAUUUUAAUGCUGAUGUUUAAAGUAAUGGGACUUACAAGAAGUAAAUGCAGAUCCCUCCCCCUCUUUUUUUUAGUUGUAAUAUAUGUAAUUGUCUAGGUAGUAGGUUGGUAAACAGCAACCGCCCAGGGAGGUACAACCGUCCUGCCAAGUGAGUGUACAACGAAAGCCUGUAAUUGUUUUACAUGAUGGUAGGAUUGCUGGUGUCUUUUGUCUGUCUCAUAAACCUGCAAGAUUUCAGGUAUGUCUUGCUACUUCUACUUGCAUUUAGGUCACACUACACAUACAUGUACAAGCAUAUAUAUACACAUACACCCCUCUGGGUUUUCUUCUAUUUUCUUUCUAGUUCUUGUUCUUGUUUAUUUCCUCUUACCUCCAUCGGGAAGUGGAACAGAAUUCUUCCUCCGUAAGCCAUGCAUGUUGUAAGAGGCGACUAAAAUGCCGGGAGCAAGGGGCUAGUAACCCCUUCUCCUGUAUAUAUUGCUAAAUUUAAAAAGAGAAACUUCAGUUUUUUCUUUUGGGCCACCCCACCUCAGUGGGAUACGGCUGGUACGUUGAAAGAAAGAAGAAAGAUAUGUAAUUGUGUUUAACUCUCUCUAUAAAUAUAAAAUAUGCUUAAUUUUCUUUGCUGUUUUGACUACCUUAAAAAUUGUGUUCCAUGUAUGAAAAUAUAAUGUUUAACUGGUAACCUAAAAAAUAAAUGUAUUAAUGAGUUUUAACAAAUUUGAAAUGAAGGCGCUUGUCUUAAUUGAAUUGAUUUAAUUACAUAUCAGAAAUUAAAAUUACGUGUGUGCAUGUAUAUAGGAAAGAAAUUUUUUUUUUUUUUUAGUUAUUUUUUUUUUUCAGUAUAGGAACAUAACACAAAAUUUAAAUAACCUUUCUAUGCUAUGCUAUAAGUAAAAUGCACCUUUUGACUUAUGGUAUUCUUUUCUGGUUGUUUUCACAAAUGUAUGGGAAACAAAAUGUUUAGCCUGAUGGAAGUUCCUAAGAAGUUGAUGGGAGAUUCUUCAGUGUGUCAGUGUAAUUAAAGUGAUAUUAGGCAAAAAAUAUAAUAGUGGCUAGCAUUUAGAAGAUGGGUAGUAUAUUAAGUGACCAGCUAUACCAAAGCUUUUUGUAGUGUUCUUGUUUUUCACUGCUUUAUAUAUACUAACUUGAUUGAUCAGUGAUAAUCCUGCACUACCAAAUUUUGCUUGGAUUUUCAGUUUUGUAGAUACUCUGCUACAUGACUAGCUUAGUAUUACCAGCUAAAUAUAGCAACUCCUUUUUAUUUUUUGUUUAUUUUUUUUUUGUUUAUAAAUUUAGGUACUUAAAUUCAAUAUUAAUACCACUCCUGUAAGAUUACUUAGGUCAGAUGUUAUUGUUAGUCAUAUUAACAGAGGUUACUGUAAUGUGUUCAGAUUCCAACAAUAGUAAAAUGAAAUACAAAAUUUGAGAAAGAUAAAAAUACAGAUGGAAAUGUGUGGUGUCAGUGAGGUAUGGGCAAGCAUAUCUUUAUUGCCUAAUCAGUUUUUGUUCAAAGAUAAAGGUGUCAGAAUUUGGGACUCUGAGUCACGGUUACAUGUGCCACUUGACAGUUCAGUGGUAAAUGUGGGUAACAAAACCAUUCCAUUUGUCAUUGUUUUUGUUGAAGAUCUUUCAUCUACUUUUCUUUGCCAUCCUCAAAAUUGUAUUUUUACUAUAUUUCUGAAUUCUAAUUUUUGAGUUCCACUAUGUUAGUUCUGACUCUAGUCCAAGAUUAUCCAACUAUUUUGUAUGCAUGAUAUAUUAAUGAUAAAAUUUUGUAGAUACUGCCUUCCAUUCCUGUCAUUAAUAGUUUUAUAUGAAAUUUAAAUAAAUCAGUAAUGCAAGUUAAAUAGGAUUU